UUGGCGGUUGCGGGCUGAUUUUUAGAGCUUGCUGCCAAAAAUAUACGAGUCCGGCCAAUAUACAGUACCUGUUCGGGACCCUUUUUCAUCCGUUACCGUAUAUCGGUGCUUAUUUUGCGGGGAGGGCGGAUUUCCGGCAUCUGCUAGAGUUGCUCUUACGCAAACACGCCGCAAGCAAAGUGGUAACCUGUGACCCCCACUAGAAUUCAUUUUUGUGUAGACUGUAAAUCUAGAUCUAGCUUUAUAUUGCUCUUGCGAUUGUGGGUUUCGCCGCAAACCUUCCGCGACAGAUCUACAACCAUGCGGGUUUCCCAUCUCGUCCUCCUUGCUAUUAGUGUCAUCCUGUCCCGUCAGGUCCCACCUCAAUCACCCCAACCAUCAUUGCCACUUGCUGGUGGUGGUGGGAAGAAGAGAAAACACCCGAGGAGGAAGCAGGAGGGCAUGGAUCGCACAGCUAAGUUGGGGGCUGUUGAGGAGGAAAAGGGGCCAACACCGAACACCUUGCUCCUCCCCCGGUUGAGUGGUCCAAUGAAACAAAGGAUCACCAAGGAGUAUCGUCGGUUGUUUGGGGCUUUUGGUGGUAUUGAAGAAUUCUUUCACCAGGUCCAUGAGUUUCUUAACACUCUUGUAGAUGCGAGGGACGAACUACUACAAAAGUCUGAGAACACCCGAAGAAGCAUCACAAUAAGGAAGGCCAUGUUAUCUAACAGUCGUAAUGGUAGGUCUUCACAUGACCACCUUCGCCUAUGUCAACAGGUGGGUAAGUUGGAAUUUGAAUAUGAAAGACUAAAGAAAGAUGCCAGCAUUUACCAUAAUCUUCAUGAGCAGCUUCAGCUGUCAUCGUGCUACAAACUGAUGGAGGAGAGCAACGAUGAAGCGGAGAAGAAAAUCCGUGAAGCAGCCUUCGCCAAAGGGGUACGCGAUACCGCUUUCGAGGACCUGCUGGCCGUGGAGAAGAAGGAUGACGCCUUCUGGCGUCGUCACGGGAAGCUGAGGUCGAUCUCGGACAGCAUGUAGGCAGCGAGACAGCAGACUAGGCGAUCGCACUGACUGUCAUCGUCGUUGCCAGUCUAAGACUCCAGGAACUAGAAACUGAAUUUGUCCCUUGGUGAGAACUUGUGUGUGUUGAAACCAUGGACGGUGUGAUCGUGCUCGUCAAGCUCUUGGGCCUCCCCCUGUGCCUUGAACUCUUGAGUCAUGGCUAUGAAUAAGAUCUGAACUGGGCAGAUCCAAAUGAAAAUGUGUUUUCCUUGG